AUGCUCUUCACUUUCUAUUCGUCUAUUCACGGUCAUAGUCAGAAUAACUGUUCUCCCGAUGAUUUGGAAUGUCAUGAAAAAUCAAAAUAUCUUCGAGACGAAAAUGAAAAAUGGAAUAAGUACAUCCAGCUUAUCAAUGACGCUGAACAACGACAUGUUAAUAAUACACAAGAUGGUACAUUCCUGUACAUGAGUCAAAUUCAGUCCGAUUUAGCCUAUUGGAAAACAAAACAAGAUGGUAUUACUCGUAAUGACAUUGAACAAUCGUUGACUCAACCAAAACAAACGUUGUAUCAAAUCAUUAAUCAUCGACUCUAUCGUUGUAAAGAUGAAGAUUUGAUAUUUCCAUUUCGAAAUUAUGGUGUUGAACAUUUUAUUCUCAAUAUUCUUCAAGAAUUACCCGAUAUGGAAUUUAUUUUGAAUACGUACGAUUGGCCACAAACAUAUGUGCAUAAUUCACAACAACAUUUACCUAUAUUCUCAUUCUCUAAAGUUAAACAGGGACAACAUUUAGAUAUCUUGUAUCCGGCAUGGAGUUUUUGGGAUGGUGGUCCAGCAUUAGGUAGCGUAUAUCCAACAGGUAUUGGUCGAUGGGAUUUAAUGAGAGAAACAUUGAAUAAUGCUCGAAAAAAAAUACCAUGGUCAAAAAAACAAUCGAUUGGCUUUUUUCGGGGUUCACGAACAUCAGAUGAGCGAGAUCCAUUAGUGAUAUUAUCACGAGAAAAACCAUAUUUAUUAGAUGCACAAUAUACAAAAAAUCAGGCAUGGAAAUCGGAUUCGGAUACUUUAGGUGCACCACCAGCAUCAGAAAUGCGUCACGAAGCAUUUUGUCCCUAUAAAUAUUUAUUUAAUUUUCGAGGCAUAGCUGCAUCAUUUCGUCUUCGACAUUUAUUUCUAUGCGGUUCUCUUGUGUUUCAUGUUGGAGAUGAAUGGAUUGAAUUUUUUUAUCCAUAUCUAGAACCGUGGUAUCACUAUAUCCCGGUAACGUCUGAUUUGAGAGACGUUGAACAAUUGUUACUAUUUGCACAACAUAAUGAUAAAUUAAUGGCAAAAAUAGCAAAACAUGGACGAGAAUUUAUCUGGAAACAUCUGAGAAUGAGUGAUAUUGAUGACUAUUGGAAACAUUUAUUAGUAGAAUAUCAAAAAUUAUUGAAUUAUACAACUCCAAUUGUAAAACGAAAAGAUUUUUAUGAAGUAAAGAGACGAAAAUAA